UUUGAAACGAAGAGCAAUGUGAUGUUAGUAAACUUAGUGUAAGAGCACGUUUUAACUAGCAUAGAAGCAUGAUUCAAAUGGAAUAUGUAAACAUAUAUAUAGUGUAAAAGCUUAAACAAUAAUUUAUAAAUUUAAAGUUAAUAAAAAGAUGAUCCAGUUCGUUUUGAUUUCUUCAACAUUCAUAGUCAAACAAUAAACUCAUUUUAUCAAUUAGUGAAUGUAAUCGACCACGAAAAGAACCAGCUUAAUCACCUUGAAACUAACAUGAAAUACUGGUCCUUAAAUAACUCAAUUAAAAAGAAAGUAUGCAUAAGAAAUAUUGCAACCUACUACACAAACAAUCUGAGACGUAAACUAGUUUGGAUCAGUUCCAUUUCAUUACUCAUCACAUCGCUUACAGUUACAUAUUACAUAUCAUAUGCAGCUUAUUACGAAUAUAUGUUUGAGGAAUUGAGUCUGGUAAAUAAUCACAUAUGUCAAUACUUAUUCUCAAAGGAUCUGAGUUGGCUAGAGUACAAUGUGGUAAGAAAUAUUCAAUCACCAUCAAAUGCGGACUACUCAAAUUUGACGAACUCUCAUACAUGCAAUCAAUUCAAGUUAUUUCGUGGUGAAGUCGUACAGUCGACAGUGGAAGAAAAACAAUUCCCUCUUGCAUUCAGUUUAGCUGUUCAUGGGAAUAUUAAACAGGCAGCUCGUCUCCUUCGUUUGAUUUACAGAUCACAUAAUUUGUACUGUAUUCAUGUGGAUUCCAAAUCACCACAAUUUUUUUAUGAUGAAGUGAUGGAGUUGGCUAGGUGUUUUGGUUCGAAUGUGAUGGUGGUGAAUCGAUCGGAAAGUGUGGAUGUUCAGUGGGGAUAUUAUUCCAUACUGGAAAUGUUUCUUCUAUGUGCAGAGAAGUUGGUAAACAACAGUGAGAUUAUUUGGAGGUAUAUUCUGAAUGUGAGUGGUCAAGAACUACCACUUCGCACCAAUUGGGAAUUGGUUGCCUUGUUGAAAGCAAUGAAUGGGUCAAAUAUAGUUGAAAAUUUGGGACCUGGGCAUAAUCCAGAACGUUGGCCGAAUAAGAAUCUCACUUUCCCGAUCGUUUGGAGUAAAGGAAGCUUUUACGUAGCGUUAAGGCGCGAUUUUGUUGAGUUCUAUCAGAAUGACCCAAAAGCAAACGAAUUACUUGACGCAAUGAAAGCAGAAAAACAUUUACCGAAGCAUCCAGAUGAGUUAUUUUUCUCUACAUUGAAUUACAAUCCAUUACUUGGAGCUCCUGGUGCUUGCAAAGAAAAAUACCUCACAAGUGACUUUGAUAUACGAGCGAUGUACAUAGGACGUUUUGUAAAGUGGGCCCAUAGACCAUGUAGACGUGGAAAAGUUAGAAAUGGUAUAUGUCUUAUUGGUAUUUCCAUUCUUCCGAGUAUUCCAAAGCGAAUGGAACUUUUUGCCAACAAAUUUAGUGAAAAUUUUGAACCGAUCGCUUAUGACUGUACAGAGAACUACAUCAUGGAAAAGGUUCUGGCAGAAAUGAGAACUAAUCAACUCAGUCCGAAUUUCAACGUGAGCUUUUACUCACAACUCUAUUGUUCACAGGACCAUAUACACUAAAGAUUCACUAAAUGAGUCUAUGAACUACUGGCUCACAAUAUUUAGAAUAUUUUUGUUGGAACACUGCAUGACCAAUCAUUCAUAUUUGGUAUCCCUUAUGUAAAUUCGUUUUCAUUUCUUUCUCAGUGCUAUUGUCUAUAUUGUUCUGCUCAUGUGAUUUAUUGUAUAUAAUGAGGCUCAAAAUAAAUGAUGGUUUAGAGGGUGAGAUCAGCCACUGCUCAUGGUCGAUUUGUAGUGUAUAUUUUGAUCUACAUAUGGAUAGCGUUAUGUAUCUGUCAAUUUCUCAAUUCAUGACUUAUUUCAUGACAGCAUUGUAUGGAGUCGAAAAUGUGAGCCAAUGAAUUCUACCUAAUCUAUUCUGGUGGUAUCAUAUAACCUGCUUAACUUGAAUACUGUGAAUUCUCGCUUGCUUUUGAGUUGUAUCAGCCAACCAAUGAGUGGUUCAAAAUGAGAAUUAACCCGAUGUUUAGUUGUCUUUGGUUCGUUUUUUCAAUAACGAUACUAAUAUUAGAAAACAUGUGUAAAUUGAAUUACGAAAAUUCUCAAGAUUCAGAUGUUUGACGAAACAUUCUUCAAAAAGACCUGUUACAUUAAUAGCAUACAACAAAAAUAGGUCUUUACGUAAAUACAUUUCAUGUUAAGAUCAAAGAUGUGAAGUGUCAUUCUGUAAUCAUAUUUUGCAAUUUUUGAAGAAUUAAAAUAAUACAGAGAAACUGAUGUAUUAUAGUAAACAGUCUUCAUUUUUACACAGUAGAAUUUAAGAAAACUUGAGAGGUAUGGUGGAUAAAGCUUUGGAAACAUGCAAAUUACCAGUUAUUUUGCUUAUUUAGCGAUAUAUAUGUAUAGCAUUCAACACUUUCAUAAUAAAAUUUCCUUGAGUCACCUAAGGAUUCAUAGAUUUCGCUGCAUAGAACAGUGAAUGUAAUCUUGAAAUUAUCAUCAGCUUGAUUGUGUUGUAUCUAGAGCUUAGAUUUUUAAUAUAUCGUGUAUAACUUGAGCAACUCGGGCGCUAGAACCCACUAAGUCGUAAAUGAGAAGACAGAAGACGAGUGAAAGGAAUGCUAUUCCAAACAGUGUCAUUUAUGGUACAAAACUGUCA